GUGAUUGGUCGCGGGCGCGGCCAAUGGGGGAGCUUGGAAUGGAUGGGGUGUUGUAGGAGGGGGUCUUUGAGCAGCAACCGCCUGGGCAGGCAUGGAAAGGAUGCGGAACUGACGGCUCCUUUGCUUGGCAGGAUGGGUGAAGUGGAGAUCUCUGCCCGGGCGUAUGUCAAGAUGUGUCUCCAUGCUGCCCGCUACCCCCACGCCGCUGUCAACGGGCUGCUUUUGGCUCAGAGACGCCAGGCAACAGCCAGCCAGCCAGAAUGCCUCUGUAUUACAGACUGCAUCCCCCUCUUCCACAACCACCUGUCGCUCACGGUCAUGCUGGAGGUGGCUCUGAAUCAGGUUGACAUCUGGAGUUCGGAGCUGAACUUGCUCCUUGCUGGCUAUUACCAAGCCAACUCUGGGCUGGACGACAAGAGCGCUUCUUUCCUCGCACAAAAGACUGUCGGACGCAUUGCUGAACUAUAUGAGGGUGCCGUUCUUAUCAUGUUGGAUAACCGCAAGUUCACGAUAAACCCCCGGGUCCCUCCGGUGAUCGUUCUGGAGCAGAAGGAUCGGCAAUGGAUCCCCAAAGACAAGAACCUGGUCAUGUGGAGCGACUGGGAAUCCUCUCGCCACAUCUGCAAGACCCUCCUAGAAGACAAAGCUUAUUCCCAGUUGGUGGAUUUUGAUGCCCACCUGGACGACAUCAGAGAGGACUGGACCAAUCAGCAGCUGAACACAAAAAUUGCCCAGUUGGUAUCAGUGGCCAAUGGCAGUGCGUGAAGGAAUCAUAGCUCAUCCGCAGCAGUUAAGAGAAGGGCCGUCGGAUGAUCAGAGGCUAAUCUCAGACUGUUUCCGAGACGGCUGCAAAGAAACUGGAUUUGCAGCUGGUGGGAUUUUUGAAAUUCCUGCAGAAAAGGACCUGGCCAAAACCAUUCACGGUUGUGCAAAAAAAAAAAAAGGGGGGGGGGAGGACUCAAACCUUCUUUUUUUUGUGUCCAAUUGAUAAUUUUGGAAACAUGUUGCUUCUAGAUACAGACCUGGAUUUAUCCCCACCCCCUUUGAGAGAUCCUGCACUUGUAGGAGAUGAAAAGUCGUUGCUGCAUUUAUUUAGUUUCAUAACAUAAUAAAUUAAAAAAAACCACCA